CUCGAUCCUCCAAGAAAGACCUAUUUGAACUGGAGUAAUCAUCGAAAUAAUGAGCCUUUCUUGUUCAACUUCGGAAUAUAUGGCAUGGCUCAGUAUUUAUUUUGUGUCGGUACAUGACUACCAACAGGUUUUACCGGUCGGUGAAAGCGAAAUUUAAGAAGAAAACAACCCCUCAAAGCUUGCGUAAUUUAGAAAAAGUUGAUCAGGGAGCUCGUAAGCUAGCUCAAGUUGCUAGCCAGCCAGUUGUCUCAGUAUGUCGCGGUGUGACUAGUUUGCGAAGCACUGGUCGUGGUUUUUGUUCCCAGACAUGUUUUUGCGAGACGACGACGAGCGCGAGGCAGCCAGCCGUUGGAGCUCAGAGAAACCCAGGAUACUCCACGAUGGCUGAACAACACCAACAGCUGCUCCGUUGAUGUGAGAAGAGGAAGGUCAGGAGGACAACAUCAGCGACUAUGAGCAGGGAAGAACAACAGGACAGGGUCUCGUCCACCAGCGAAGACUCUCUCCCGGGCCUCCACAGCUCUAAAGCUGACCCGCUGAUCCGAAGCCGACCCCUCAGUGAUGUAUACCCAUUCCACAGUCAUGCUGACGGAAGUGUAGCCCCAUGUCGGCCGUCUGGGUUUGGCGCCCAAGUACAGCCGGUGACUGCAGGUCCUCACGAAAACCGAUUGAAUGACAUCAACUCCUCCUCCUGGUCCAACCCUGUUAUAGGUCAACCUGAGGGAAAGCCUUAUUCCUCAAGAAUUAUGAGGCUUUUUUCUAACUCGAGGAAGGCCCCAGUCGCCGCUCACAGUUCUCCCACGGACGGUCCCGCCUCGACCCACAGCAACACCAGUGUCCCCCAGUCCUUGGCAGGAUUAUCCGGACUGGGUGUGGACUCCUUCAAGAAGCUCCGCUCCUCUGUGCUCCAGGGCAUACAGAGUAGAGGGGCAGUCAGCCAAGACGGAGACCACGACCCAUCAGAUCAGGAAGUGGCUAAUGGCACAGGUGUGGCCGACAUUGACCGCGAUCCAGAUGAUGCAGAACAUCAUUUAAAGUGUGCAGGUGGAUACAGUGUGUCCAAUGGCAACUUUGAUUGUCAAGUGUUGUCGGGGAUGAGCCACUGUGGAUCAGAUAUUGAGGACUACGACGAUGAGGAACAUGAUGAAGGAGACGGUCUCCUGCGCAACACGCGGUUCUCAAGGAGUAUCAGGAGAGCGUAUGGAGCCGGACGCAUCUCUUUACUGGACACAGAAAAUAGGAGCAUUGCAGGAAGCGGCACAAAUGAAACGACGGACGGCCGAAAACCAGAUCCGACGUCCGUCAUCGACGUCCAAACGAAGAACGCGAACGAGAACACAAACGUGCCGGUGCUCAGCAGACUGAGCAGAAGUGCAGACAAUCUUCACAUAUUUAAGGCACCUUUCAGACGUAAAGUCUCAUCUCCAGGACCUACUUUGCUUCAGGAGGAACCCCAGAGGGCGAGCACGUCAAACGGGACACCGAACAUUCAGAGGACCGCCAGCACCUCCUCGGUGGAUUUCCGGGGCCACGCUGUGGGCAGCGUGAAGGGCCCCGCGAUGGCCAAGGGGUCGAUGCUGAAGCUCGUCGGCAGCAUGACUGACCUGACUGUCAGACGCAGGCGGAGUCCCUCCCCGAGCCCGAUCGCUCCAUCUCUGUUGUCACCGCUGACCCGUCUCCAUGACGACUACUCCCGCCGCGUGCCGUGCCUAACGACCAGCGAGCGACAGCGCCGGCCCUCGCCUGUCAGAGCCCGGGUCACGUCUGUCGGACGCAGCCCUGCGGUUCAUCCACGGCCCGGAGACAAUGACGGCCUCCAGCAGCACCGGGUCCUCAUCAGCCCGGUUUCUGUGGAGGCCCCAGAGGGACCAGAGCAGACUCAUUAUGAACCACCAACUGAGGCCACAACAAGCGGCGAUAAGCAGACGGCCCAAUGCGAUUCAGCUCCUCUUAGCCAGAAGGAACAUCCCCAACAACAAGAUCAGACUAAAGUCAGCGUGCCACCAAAUGAGGAAACAUCGGAUCAACAAGAGCCAGAAGCACUUCUCCAAACAGAGGACGUCCCUCCAACAACCAGCAGCACCCCUCCUGUUCCUCCUCCAUGCCUCUCGGCGGCGUCCACAUCUCCCACAGAUGCAUCCACGGAAACAUUCGUCGUCAAGCCCAGGCGAAGGAGUGGACGCUCCAGACCUCGUCCCAUCUCUGACUACGGGCAGCUCAACUCCAGGAAGCACUCUAUUCCAGAGGAAGUGGCCGAACUGCGUGCCGAAGAAAGGACAGCUCAUACAGCAUCGCAUCAAGACGGCAGUGGGGGUGAGGCAUGCGGGAAUGGAGAGAGCCCUGAGAGCGGCAGCGUCAACGGAGACGUUCAAGGCGCGAGGCAGCGUCCGAGCUCCAUGAUAGGAGUUGCUGAUCUGUUCUCUUCUGAUACUGAGGAGAAAGACGGCCGCCUUCCUUCUCAGCUUUUGUCGCGGCCGCCCAUCCCCUCCCACCAGGUUCCCCCCUACAGAGCCGUGUCUGCCAGGUUUCGGCCCUCCGCCCUCUCCCAAAGCACUCCCAUCGGACUGGACGGCGUUGGACGGCGUCAGCUGCACAGAGUCCUCAGCGUCGGUGUGUCUGAGUGCUCGGCGACACUUGAUGACAGCGUGAGUGAAGAGGAGGAGGGCAGCUUUGAUGCCCCGCCCUACCUCCAGCCAGGGGUGGAGCUCUCUGUGCUCAACGAGUGGAUAAGCUCCGGCCACAAGGUGUAUGCUGAGGCUCUCUGGGACCAUGUGACCAUGGAGGAGCAGGAGCUAGCCUUCAAGGCUGGAGAUGUUAUCCGUGUCUUGGAUGCCUCGCAUAAUGACUGGUGGUGGGGCAGGGGGGCCGACAAGGAGGCCUGGUUCCCCUCCAGCUUUGUGAGGGUGCGAGUGAACCAGGAGGACUCGAGUGCAGAAAGUGUGGAGAGUGUCGCGGACCAGGAGGAUCCAGCUCCCAGGGACACGCACAGCGUUGAGCACAAGGAACAGAUGAGAACCAAUGUGGUUCAGGAAAUCAUGAACACUGAACGCAUCUACAUCAAGCACCUGAAGGACAUCUGUGAGGGUUACAUCCGCCAGUGCCGUAAACACCCGGACAUGUUCACUGAGCUGCAGUUGAAGACCAUCUUCAGCAACAUAGAGGACAUCUACAGGUUCCAGAGGCAGUUUCUCAAAGACCUGGAGAAGAAGUACAACAAAGACCAACCACAUCUCAGUGAAAUUGGCUCUUGUUUUCUCUUGCAGGGAGAGGGCUUCGCUAUCUACUCCAACUACUGUAACACUCAUCCAGCAGCCUGCGCUGAGCUGCAGCGCCUCAUGAAAUCUGGAAAAUAUAAGCAUUUCUUUGAGGCCUGCCGGCUACUUCAGCAGAUGAUCAACAUUUCCAUUGCCGGGUUCUUGCUCACGCCCGUCCAGAAGAUCUGCAAAUACCCCCUGCAGCUAGGAGAACUGCUUAAGUACACCCCCAAAGACCACAGUGACCACAGCGGGGUGAGCAAAGCCUAUGAGGCCAUGAAGAAUGUGGCCAGUUUGAUAAAUGAGAGCAAGAGGCGGCUGGAGAGCUUUGACACCAUCGCUCACUGGCAGGUGGCCAUUCUUCACUGGGAGGGGCCGGAUGUCCUGGAGCGCAGCUCGGAGCUGAUCCACUCUGGCGAGCUGACUCGAGUCGUCCGACAGGGCAAAAUGCAACAGCGCAGCUUCUUCCUGUUCGACCACCAGUUGGUCUUCUGUAAAAAAGACGUCCUGCGCCGAGACCUGCUCCACUACCGUGGACGGCUGGAUAUGGACCAGACCGAGGUUCUGGACGUGGCCGAUGGGCGGGACCAAGACCUGGGCCUGACCCUGAGGAAUGCUGUGCGCCUGCGCCACGCCUCCACUCUGGAAUUUGUGUGUGUGCUCUGCUGCAGGAAGGCCCAGGACAAGCAGAGGUGGUUACAGGCCUUCGCCAAGGAGCGGUACCGAGUCAAAGAAGACCAAGAGAUGGGAAUGGAAAUCAGUGAAGAGCAAAGAAAACAGGCCAUUGUUAAUGCCAGAAGGGCCAAACAGAAGAAGAGCAAAAACAUCGGUUACUCUGGUUCUGUGCCACCACACCACCAAAACCUUCACCCACUUCACCAGCGUCACAUCACCAUCCCAACCAGCGUGCCUCAGCAGCAGGUGUUUUCCCUGGCCGAGCCCCCGAAACGAAAGCCGUAUCACAUGUUGUACAACAUCACCAGCAAAGCCUUUUUCAGGAAAUGAGGCUUUGCUCCCUCAUCUUUUCUUUUUUUUCUUCUUCCUCCCGUGCAUGUUCAGAGCACGCCCAAACCGUCCUGAAGACUCCAAGAACACUUGGCUAUUUGUUUUUCUUUUGGUCUGCCUGUGAAUGUCAAGUUGUGUUCAGUUUUUUGUUUCUGUUUUAUUUUGUUGCAUCAUGAAGUAAAGUGCCUAUGAAGGGGCUUGACUAAAGUGUUAAAAUACUGACGCGGCCCAUUGUGUUGCCUUAAAGAUGCUGCUCACUCGAGAGACUCCCACCCCUUUUAAACCCCAACUGAAAGAUUUAAAAAAAAAAUGUUAAUUAUGACAAUGUAUAUUCUGCUUUUACGCCAACAAACAUGGUUUUACUUUUUUUCAGAGGCUGGACCCUUUUUUUUGCCGCGAGUCUGUCAACUCUGAGCACAACAGCCAGAGAAUAGAUGAACUGGCACCUGCUUUGUUAACACUGUAAAUAAAACUCUUGUACAAACAAA